GAAGUCGGUUCUACUGCAAAAUAGUUACCUUGCGCAAACUCUGAAGUGCACUUUCACCAAAUGGCUUUGAAAAUCCAGAGGCUGCAGUUUGUCUGGGCGAUCCUCUUUGCCGUGCAAGAAAAUGUUCCAGCAAUGUCCGGUGGAAUGGCACCCUUCUUUCCUCGGCCACCAGAACUUGGGGUAACUAUGGCAUGCAUAACGGGCCACACAUUUGGCAGUGGGGACAGUACAAUUAAGCUGAAACCACAUUGUGGAAAAGGGUGCAGCGGGGAAGAACCAAAGGAUGGCGACAAAUGUGUUGUGGAAUCUGGAACAUCAGGUUCAACUUUCAUUAUUCUCUCUGGAGUGUGCCAAAACAUGACGUGUAAAGUAAAUAACAAAAGUGAGAUAUAUAAACAAGAAAUGAAUGACUCACUCGAUACUAAUGAAUCCAGUAAGGAACGAAUUCCACAGCUGCUCGGUUGUGGGUUCACAAAUGUUCAAGACAAAAUGAGGGGGUAUUUACUUAGUACAAGUUGUGUGUCCUGUCAAUCACAGGCAAAUGAAACUAAACGCCCAGACUGCAUAAAGUGCGUGCGAAGGCCUUCGAGAAAGAUAAGUCGAAGAAUGCCCUUCAAGUCUUUUGCACUACAAAUACUAUAAGGACCACCCACAGGAUGGAUGACAUCAAAAUACUUCAUUGCAAA